AUGGAUGAGUCCUCUAACCCUAAUAGGAGUCUGGAGGUUGUACCUAUAAGGACGAUUAGCAGUGACGAUGUAAAGGUCACAAAGCCUAAAAUAACACAUGCAAAACGGCCCAAGGAGGGUAUUCGUAACAAGGGCGCCAAACCUUCUGCAUCUAAUACCAUAGAGGAACUUACUAAAGAAGGAACCAGAUAUGUCGAUAAAGCAAUUACUAGAAUUGUUACACGCAUUCUGAAGGAAAAUCAUCAAGUGCCUGAGAUAUUUGUCCCUUUUCAAACCAUAAUGCCUGAUCCCCUCAAGAACACCAGUAAGGCUGAAGUUGCUCACACCUCUGGUUGUGACCCAGCUGAAGAGGAGAUCAUUAAGAAUGGACAAGGAGGUGUUAAGAAUACCAAUGUCAUUGAGGAUGUCAAUGACAUCAAAGAGAAUAAGCACACUGAGGUCAAUACUGAAACAGACUUAGAUGAGUAUUCUGACAACGAGUUGCUUGCCUCAUUAAAUCCUAGUGUAGCCAACAGGCUGAUGACUAGAAGAAAAGGCAAAGUUAUUUCCCAAAGCUCCCCUGAAAAGAAUGCAGAAGCUAAGAACACUGUCAAAGACUCUGUCAAGAAGAAGAGUACUUCUACUGGUCCUAUCAAGAACAGAGUUGUGACUAAGAGUGUAGGGGUUGGUCCCUCAAAGUCCUGGAGCAAGGUUGUUCCAAAGAAAAUAAAGGAGAGGGAAAUUGUUGAAUCUGAGUCUGAUGUUGAAGGGGAUCAAGGAAGAAGCCUACAACAAGCAAGCUUGCUGCAAAGGCUGGUCAAAGAAUUUGUGGUGAACCUAUCUGAAGAUUGUGGAAACAGCAAGAGUGUGGACUUCAGAAAAGUGUUUGUGAGAGGUAAGUGUGUUUCGUUCUCUCCGUUUGUGAUUAAUAAAUUCUUGGCAAGAACAAAUGAAGAUCAACCUGAGUUUGAAGUGACAGACAACAAGGUUUGUCAAGUGAUCACAGCCAAGCAGGUAAAAAGCUGGCCCUUAAAAGAGAAACUAAAUGCAAGUAAGCUGAGCAUCAAGUAUGCAAUGCUUCACAAGAUAGGAGCAACUAAUUGGGUACCAAUGAAUCACAAGUCCACUAUCUCAACUGUUCUUGGAAGAUUCUUGUAUGCUGUAGGAACAAAGGCAAAGUUUGACUAUGGAACAUAUAUUUUCGACCAAACUAUGAAGCAUGCUGGAAGCUUCAGUGUUAAGGGUCCAAUUGCCUUUCCAUCCCUCCUGUGUGGCAUAAUUCUGACUCAGUAUCCCAACAUUCUCAAUGAACAUGAUGUAGUACGCAAAAGAGAAAGCCCAUUGGCUUUCCACUAUAAAUUGUAUCAGGGUACGCAUGUUCCAGACAUUGUCAUGACAUCGGCUGAAACAUCCCAGUCUGGAGGAUCAGCCAGCAAAGCAGAAGUCAUAGCAAUGCUAAAAGAGACCUGCAAAGAGCUGGAAGCUAGGAAGAUAUCCCUUGAAAAGGUGAUAAGCACUCUGGAAAUGGAUGAGAAUGAGGAAUUUGCAGAUGUUGUAGAGAUGGCAGAUAAAGAUGAUUAA